AUGGCCUUACGAGGGGAACACUUUGCUCAGAUAGUGAACGUUUUGCGUGACCAGAUCUCGCAACAAGCAUCUAAGGCUUCAUUACAGAUCAUGAUUGAGAUCUGUCAAUGGAGUCGAAACAGGAUCAAAACCGUAGAAGCUGGUGCAGUUUCGGUGUUGAUUGAGAUACUCCUAGAGAAGACAAUAGAGAAGAGAGAUUCGGAGAUGGUGUUGGUGGUAUUGGACCAGUUAUGUAGAUGUGCAGAAGGGAGAGCUGAAUUAUUAAGGCACGGAGCUGGAAUUGCUGUGGUGUCGAAGAGCAUACUUAGGGUAUCACAUUUAGCCACUGAUAGAGGAGUGAGGAUAUUGUCUUCGAUGUUGAGGUUCUCUGGGACUUCAUGUGUUGUUCAGGAGAUGCUACAAGUUGGGGUUGUUUCCAAGUUGUGUUUGGUGCUUCAGGUGGACUGUAGCCUCAAGACCAAGGAGAAGGCCAAGGAGAUGCUUAAGUUGCAUUCUAGGGUUUGGAAGAACUCUUCCUGUAUCCCGCUCCUUGUACUCUCUUCUUAUCCAUCUUCUUAA